AUGAAAACAAGUAUUAUUUCCAAAAAUCUGAUUAACAAGUUCACACAUUUUCAUAAUAACCUUGGGCUUAUAUUUUUGUUAAAAAAAAAAGAAAGAGCUAUUAAUUAUUUAUUAUAUAUCAAGUCUAACUCUUUUUCAAAUGUUAAUUUAACAAAAAAAAAAGAAGCUAACAUACAUAUAAUAUAUAAUAAUGAAGAUUCUGUAAAAUGUUAUAACAACAAAAAUGAAUGCAAAAAAAAUGAUGAAUUGGAUAAGAACAAUGAAAUAAUUUCAUUCUAUAAAUCCGAAAAAUUGAAAAAUGAAAAAAAAAAAAAAAAAUGUAACAAUUAUGAAAAUGAACAAGAUAAACUAAUAUAUGUUGAAAAUGAUGAAAAAAAAAAAAAAAAAAAAAAUAUUAAUGAUGAAAAAAUAAAUGUAAAAAAAUUAAAAACAGAAGAAAUACAAAUUGAAAAAGAUUAUAUCUCCAAAAAUUGUCUACAAAAUGAAAUUAAAACUGAAUUGGAAAUUUUAGUUGAAAAAAUAAAAAAUUUAGACGAAAAAUAUAAAAAUAAAAUAAUAAAAUAUAUAAAUACAUUAAAUAAAGAACAUAUUAAUGGAAUUGAACAAAAUAUUAUUUUUUUUUUUGAAAAUCUUGAUGAUUAUUUAUCAGCAAAUGGAUUAUUAAUAUGUGAUGUUGGUGGUGAAGAAAUAUUUAGCUAUAUAAAAAAAGUUAAUGUUAAAAUAGACAAAAAUGAAAAAAAUGAUCAUAUGAAUAUAAAUAAUUUAUUUGAUAUAAAUUGGAUUAAAGAAAAAAAGAAACUAAUUUAUGGUGAUAAUAUUUAUCCAAUUGUUCAAAAUGAUAAUGAAAAUAAAGAUAUAAUACAAACUGACCCCAAAAACAAUCCCCAAACCGACCAUCAAAAAAAUGUGGAAAAUUUCACCAAUUUAAUAACACAUAAUCAAAAUUCUAAUUGUGAAAAAAAUGUUAAAGAUAAUAUAAUAAAUAUAAGAAGACAGGUGCUAAUUGAAAGAUCUUCUUAUAAAAAAGCUAUUGAAGAAGCUGAAGAAUUUGUUUCAAAUUUGCAUGAUUUAAAAAAAGUUACAGAAAUUCAAGGAUUAUGUAAAAUAUAUUUAAACUGGGUUAAUGAAUUAGAAAAAAAAAUAAUUAAUUAUAAAGAAAAUAUUAAAAAAAAUAAUUAUAAAAAAAAUAUAUUCCCAGAUUUAAUAGAAGAAAAGUUACUAGCUAUUAUAACAGUAAAAUGGACUAUCCAAUAUACAUUUAAUCCAUUAAAAAAAAAAUAUUCAAAUGAAGUAACUACACAAUCUAAACAUUUUGAACAAGAAUAUCCAUACCAAUCUUUAUUUACACAUAUUGCUAUUAAGAUUGGAGAAGAAGUUAAUAAUGAACUAAAUUUCCAAUUGCUUGAAAAAAAUAACCUUUUAUAUAAUUUUAUUAAAAAAAAUAAAUCGAAUGUUUCUUUUUCUCAUUUUCAAAAAUAUAAAAUGCUAAAUGAAAUAAAAGAAAAGCUAUAUAUGGAAAAUAAAAAUCAAACUAAUAAAUCUGAUAUAGAAAUCGAUGAUACUAACGAAACAACACAAUCUAUUGAAAACAAAAAAAAUUACCAAAAUAGCCAAAAUUACCAAAAUUACCAAAAUUACCAAAAUAGCCAAAAAAUAACUAAUGAUAAUAAUAAUUUUUUAAAUAAACCUUUUGAACUAGUUCAAUGGAAUUCAAUGAAAAAAGCUUCAAUUGGUGGUCUUUUAUUAAAAAUGUUAAUUGAUCAUGCUAAAAUAGACGUAGAUAUAAAUACAGCCAAAGAUGAAUAUAGAAAUGAGUAUAAAUAUUAUUUAUUUUUACAUAAAACAGCUAAAACUAAAGGAGAAGAUCUUUACUCAGAUUGUAAAUAUAAAAAGGAAUUAAAUUAUCAAGAAUAUUAUGAACAUGAAUCUAAUUCUCUAAAAUUUAUUAUUCGUGAUAAAUGGAAAAAAGGAAAUGAACUAGCUAAUUUUCUUGAUAGUACUAGCCAAAAUGAAAAUGAAGAAAAAAAAAAAAAAAAAAAAAAAAAAAAAAAAAAAUGCACACACAAACAAAUAGCUAUAACAAAUGUCAGUAAUGGUGAGUUUGGAAAUAAUAAUCAAGAGGUGAUGGAGGAAAAAAAUAUGACUUGUUCAGGUGAAAUCGAUUCAAAAGGAGUAAACAUAAACAAUUGCAAUGUUGAACAAGUUUGCGAAACAGAGAAAGAAGAAAAUGUAGAAAAUGGAGAAAAAAAAACGAAACAAAACAACUUUUGUAAAAAUCAAAAAGAAAAAUUAAAAAAUAAAGAAAUCAUAUUAUAUAGAUCUAGGAGAGAUAAAAAUAAAAUAGAAAUACCUGUAUUUGUACAUUCAUAUAUAUGGAAAAAUAAUAAUUGGUAUGGUGUUAUACAUAUGAGAGAAAGUUGUGCAAACUUUUUAUUAAAUAAUGCAAUAAAUUCACAUGUACCAUUAAAUUAUUUACCUAUGAUAUGUAAACCUAAAAAAUGGGAAAAUGAUCAAGGUGGUAUGUUAUUAUUAAAAAAUAAUUUUAUUAGAUAUAAUAUUAAACCCUUAUUUAAUUUAAAUGUAUGUGAUAUGAGUAGAAUUAAAAAUAUAGUAUCCGAGAUAGGUAAUGUUGGUUGGAAAGUAAAUAAAGAAAUAUUACAUUAUAUUGAAUAUGCAUAUAUGAAUGGGAAAACUAUAGGAAAAAUUCCUUUAAAUAAAAAUUACAAUUUACCUAAUAAUAUAGAUUUAAAAAAUAAUAAUAAUAAUAAUGAAGAAAUAAAAAAAUAUUAUUUAUUAAAAGAAGAAAUUACUAGAUUAAAUAAAUGUCUAAUAAGUGAAAGACCAACUUUUUUACAAAAAUUAGCAGUAGCAAAAACUUUCAAAAAAAAUGAACAAAUAUAUUUUCCUCACAAUAUUGAUUUUCGUGGUAGAAUGUAUCCAUUAUCUCCUCAUUUACAUCAUAUGGGAGAUGAUAUUUGUAGAAGCUUAAUAGUUUUUUCGAAUGGAGAAGAAAUUGGUCCAAAUGGGUUAUAUUGGUUAAAAGUUCAUUUAGCUAAUAAUUUUGGAAAAGAUAAAUUAAAUUUUAAAAAAAGAAUAGAAUGGGUUGAUCAGAAUAUUAAUAAUAUUAAAAAAUUAAAGGAAAACCCAUUUGAAAAUUUAGAAUUUUGGGGUUUAGCAGAUAAUCCAUGGCAAGCUUUAGCUGUUUCGAUAGAUUUAAUAAAUGCUUUAAAUUCAUCGAACCCAUCAAAAUAUAAAAGUAAUAUACCAAUACAACAAGAUGGAACAUGUAAUGGAUUACAACAUUAUGCUGCUUUAGGAAAAGAUAAAGAUGGUGGACGAGCUGUUAAUAUUCUUCCAUCUGAUGAACCUCAAGAUAUUUAUACAGUAGUAUUAGAUAUAGUUAUAAAUAAAAUAAAAAAUGAUAUAGAUAAUGGUGAUAAUAAAAAUGAAAAUACUAAUAUUCUUACCAAAUCCGAAUUAGCAAAUUAUUGUUUUAAAUAUAAUUUAUUAAAAAGGAAAGUUGUAAAACAAACAAUAAUGACAAUAUGUUAUGGUGUUACAUCUAUUGGUGCAAAAAAUCAAGUUAAAGGAAAAAUUCAAAAUAUGAUUGCUAAAGAUACUGAUAAAAAUACAAUAAAUGAAUUAUCUAGAUAUAUAGCUAAUUAUAUAUUUGAAUCUAUAAGUGAAAUAUUUAAAAGAGCAAUGAUCAUAAAAAAAUGGUUUAAUAAUUUAUCAAAAAUAACAAACGAUUUAAAUAUACCUAUAACAUGGAUAUCACCAAUUGGUUUACCAUGUGAGCAGCCAUAUAGAUUAGGAACUAGAAUUUUAGUAAAUACACCAUUACAAUCUGUUAGUGUAACAUCUUAUAAAAAUUCGUUGAUUCAUAAAAAUAAACAAAGAUUAGGUUUUCCUCCAAAUUUUGUACAUUCUUUAGAUGCUUCACAUUUAAUUAUGACUGCCGAAAAAAUGCUUAUACAAAAUAAUUUUAGUUUUGCUGCUGUUCAUGAUUCAUAUUGGACCCAUGCUUGUAAUGUUGACAUAAUGAAUAAAUUUAUUAGAGACUCUUUUGUUACUUUAUAUAAUAAACCUAUUUUAGAAAACAUUUAUCAAAAUUUCCAAAUGAGGUUAGGAAAAUUUGCAGAAAAAAUACCCCCACCUCCUGAACAAGGCCAUCUUGAUAUAUCACUUGUUCGACACAGCCAAUACUUUUUUAGUUGA